CUGAUUGCAAGCUAACCGGUGGUGAGGGUUGUUUCGCACUUGUUGCGUCUAGUUGUGUAUUGCAUCUGUGUAGGGUUUCGGUGAAUGUCGUUUUGAAAAUUACGUUAUCAUUUGCAAUAGAGUGCCGAUGCUGGAUGAAUAGUACUGGUUCUGCUUCUUUGCUCUGAGCCUUUUGUUUGAAUUCGGGAUUAAAUUGCAAAAAGCAUUCAUAGAGAUUGCUAGUGGAAAAACAUCGUGUUUAAGUGUUGCUCGUUGACUCGGUGUCAUAAUCGUGAACACAGUUCUCCUCGCGGGUGCCAUACAAAUAGUGAAAUUUGGAGAGUGUAUUGAUAGACUUAGUUGUUAUUCCAUCAACGAAUAGAAUUGUUAAAUUUGUUAAGAAACCUGACAGUGAUACUAAAGAAGCCGGUGAUAUGGAUACUGAAUCGCUGAAAAUUUUAACCAAACCAAAAACAAAAUUUGAAUGGCCCAUAAUCUUUGAUGCAACAGUCACGAUUACAGUUGUGACUUUCAUUGCCAUCAGUGAAUUCGGACUAUUUCCACAAUUAGUCAAACGGGGAUAUUUCUGCGAUGACAGGUCCAUCCAGCAUCCAUUUAAUGGAGAUACUGUAGCCACCAGUGUGUUACUAAUCAGCGGAAUUAUACCUCUCUUUUUGAUUUGGAUAACAGAACUAUUAUUUUAUACACCACCUUCAACCCUGUGUGCCAGAACCGACGGAUUGAGCACUCGUUGCUCUAACACGUGGCACAAAUGUUGGUACUGGUUUAAGAAGUAUGGUCGGGGGUUGGUAAUUAAGCUUUUGAUAGUGGACAUUCUGAAGAUCUUCUCUGGUGAACAUAGGCCGCAUUUCAUUGAUACGUGUAGACCGGACGUUAUCUGCGAAGGAAAUGAAUAUGUUUCUACUUACGUGUGUACAAACACUGACUAUCGGCCGUACUUCAUUCGAGAUGCCAGCAAAUCGUUUCCCUCCGGGCAUUCCUCUGUGAGCGUGUAUGCGUCAAUUUUCAUGAUCUGGUACUUGCAGAAACGGAUCCCGAAGGUGCGUUCCGUGAUGGCUCUUCCAUUGUGCCAAAUCUUGGUAGCUAUUUGGGGAAUAUUUUGUUCAAUGUCACGCAUAAUAGAUAAUCGUCAUCAUUGGUGGGACGUCCUUGCUGGCUCGAUUAUUGGAGCAGGCGCUGCUGCUCUAACGUGCAUGUUCAGUUGUCAUAACUUCGACAGAACAAAAUUAAAGGCCAGUCAAACAACGUAUAAGGAACACGAUAUCAAUCUAGUAGCAAAUAACAUACACUACAUGACGACCAACGGUCUGAACAGUACCAUCAGUUCUUAAAAAAUAAUCGUCAUUCCUAUUAAUCAGCGAUGGAUUAAAAAUCACACUUAAAAAUAACUAAAUGGAAUGUGCAGGUUAGAAAGUGAAAUGUUGUCACCGAAUUUACACAAAUCUAGGAUUAUAAGAAGCAAAAGUUCAAAUUGUGAUUAACAUUUUUUCAAACGUAUUACCGAUGAUGUAUUGUGAUAUUAGAACUAGACAGGUGGAGAUUUGACAAUCAAGCAAAAGAAGAUAAAACCAUGUACUAAAGAUGCCGCUAAUCACUGAAGAAGUAUUAUAACAAACAACAUAAUGCAGUUGCAAUGCCAGCGUGCUGUAACAUAAAACCCCAGCAUUCAACUCGUUUCGUCGUCGUAGCUAUUUAUAGUGAAUAGAAGAAAUGAAAUUGUGAAGUUAAGCUAAAAGAAGAUUAGUAUAUUGCUUGCACAGUCUAGGAGAGUAGAGGAAUAACCGGUUGCGCUACGCAGGUCGUGUGAUGUGACGAAAGUAAGAUGUAGAUCGAGAAGUGUUGUUUACAUGUGGCAUGGAAACCAUGCUGAUUUUACGCUUUAAGCUAAUUGAAGAUUUCAGAUGUAGUCAAAGCACGUGUCAGUUGUAAGCAAGAUAUAAUCUUUGAACGUUUUGUCAUCCCAAUCCUAUCUAGGUACGAUCUUAGUGUGCAGAUUAAAAAUUGCAUGAUGACACUGUCAACUAUUAUUAAGUAGAAAAAUGGUUUU